UAGUUGGAAGAGCAUCUCGUCGAGUGGUUGUGGUGCUAGGGCUAGACUAGGGUUAGCUGCCGUAGCCCUAACGUGACUGGUUUUUUUGCUCCCAACCCGUUAGUAAGGUAUUAAGCGGCCGAUAUACUUCACGUGAUUAGAUAUCACGUGAAGUAAAGGAUGCCUGUAGGUUUUAACUUUUCGAGCGUUCUCAUGUUGAGCAGAUAGCUGUACGCGUUUCCGGGACAACCAGACUCUCGAUGUAAACAAACAGUGCGCUCAUCUACUGCUGGUCUCCUAUCCCAAUGAGCUCAAUCCUGCCGGCCCAGCUGUAACACCACUUGCCUCGGAAACCUCUUCUGCCUUCUUUUGCAAUACUUAUCAGCAGCCGACAUCUCACCUUAUUUGUUCUAUUGUCUGCUUUUGCAAAGCACUCUUUCUUGGUUCGCGGGAAACUUUACGAGUUUCAGCCAGUAGCUCCACCUUUCUAGUAGGAUGAGCCGUCCUCUAUCUGGAUUGAAACACUCCGAAUCUUCUCUAUCUAUUAACACGCUACCGAUGUGGGAUUCUUCAGAUCCCGAGAGGCAUCCGCCACCUCUCCCGCUAGCUACUGAUUCCCCAAAUUUGACCUCGCCCUCACGAUCUGGAGGCUCUUUUUUGCGGUCACGGAAUAACUCUCCCGUUCGUCCCACUCUUCGGCCUAUCUCUCAGUCGGUUGCUAGCUCUAGCCAGGCAUCCGAUAUUCUGUUGACCGUUGGUAGAAUACAGGAGCAGUUGACAGAACUAGACUCUACAGUAAGAUCAUCGGACUACACAAUUAGAAAGACUGAGAAAGAGAUUGAGAGUCUGUUAAGGAGGUCCAAAGAUAAUGCAGGCGAUCUUGGAUCGUUACGCGAGAAGGUGCUCAACACUGAGAAUAUCUUGCAUGAGCAACUAAGCAGUAUCACCAAAGUGUUGACGAUCUCGCCCAAAACCCUGGCUGAUGAUAUAAGGGCGUUUUUUAAUGAUGGAUUGAGAACCUCCGAUUGGUCAAGCUGCUUGGAUAAAGUCAACAAUUUGGAAGAAGCUAUGUUGAAGCUUAGCCCAAGCUUCAAUGUGCUUCAGCAGAAUUUGGGGAAACAAAGAGCACAAAGAGAUGAGACUCUUAGUCGUUCAGACUCACAAUCUUAUAAUCGUCUGACUUCCAAGAUUGAUGAGAUGAGUGAGCGCAUCAAGGAUUACUCCGCUUCUCUCGAUCAUGUUUCUAAGGGACUAGAGUCAGUGACAUUGAGGAAUGCUGAGUUUGCUGGCGUCGAAAAAAAUUUGCUAUCAACUCUUCAACAAGUGCAGACGACGCAGCAAAUUAUUGGUCAAGCGCACGAAGAACGCGAUGGUCGAUCUGACCAGACCUUACGUCAGUUGGAAACGGUUCUCAGUGGAGAGCUGUUGCAAAAGGUGAAAGGGCUGGAGAACAAUGUUGAGAAUAACGCCGGUCGUUUGGAGAUGAUUUACGAAAAUGGGCUCUCGCUAUCAAACGCUUUGAGUGAGGGAGAUAUUUACGAGCGUUCCGAGUCAAUGAAGAAGGUGAUCUCUUCCCUCGCGACAUUGGAAGAGCAGAUAUCUGGAAUUCGACAGUCGUUUGACUCCGAUCUCCACGCAGCCUACCAAAGUCAUGCUGCCGUAUACGAAGAACGGAUUCAAGAUCUUUCAAUAAUCCAAACUGCAGGAUUUCAAAAGUCUGAUACUAUCCUCUCAACUGUUGCUGAUCUAGACUCGAUUAUUCGGUCUCAAAGUGAAAGAAGUUCCUCGUCAGCUACUCAAACAAAUGCGAAGUUGGACGAGAUUACAAGUGAUAUCAAAAUGAUGUCUACCAACAUUCAGCCGUUAACGUUAUUGCCAGAAAUAUACGCCAACUUUAUUGAGAAUGCUACUCGGUCCGCUACGAGUCUGUCGGAUGAGCACUCAAGGUUAACGAGCGAAGUAGAGACUCUUCGUCAGCAGAAGUUAGACAUGGUUAAGGAGCUUGCUUCGCUUGAUGCAACUGUAGCAUCUCGUGCGAAAGAGCUGAAGAUUCUCGAGGAUAGAGCAGAGGCAUUUCAGCAAAAACUGCAGACGAGUAUUAUGUCUCAGAUUGAGUUUGCGACAGUAUCCAAGACAGGAAGCUCAGCCGGUAGAGAAUUUGCUGAUAAGGUAUGAUAUGCGUCUUUACUAUUUACUGGGAAUUUGUGGAAUGCUGACUCUCCAGCAGGCGAUUUAUGAGGAUAGAUUGACUGAAUCUCUCAAUGAGAGUGGUGAUGAAAGCGCACAGCAUGAUACAAAGUCGUGGUCAUCAAACGAUGGAUCUUUUAGCAAUUCGGAGAGAUCUCGAGACAAUCGACAAUCAUCUUGGAGUCGCAAGCUGGGAGGAAUGUUCAGCGCUGGAAAGGAGAAUGAAUUGGUCAUCGCUAAAAGAAGCACAGGUCGUAAAGUACGAAGUGUGAGUGAGCGGUUGAAUUUUUGAGUCAAUUGAGAAUGCUAUUUGUGCGUAAACGACACGCCGAAGUAAGGUUUCUGUUGCGGUUUUUAUGAUUUUUAGAUUUGGUAAUAGUAUGAUCUCAGGAAAGCUCUAUGUUAAGUCAAUGAAUAAUAG